AAAGCCAGUGUGGUGGGAAAGCCAAAUCGAAAUAGGAAGAGAGCGGAGAAAAGCCCAAAGGAUUGUGCCCUUCCGGUUCCCGACCGGUGCUAUCCUCUUCUCUUAUAAUCAGAUAAUAGAUUGGGCAUUCCCUUCAAACUUCAGUCCUCACCCUCUCGGCCUCUCCAAUUCCAGAUAGAAGAGUGUUACAAAAUCGCCGUGUGUUGCCGAUAACUUCAAUAGCUCGAUUAAUUUUACUCCCAUCGGCUUCUCCGGUUCCGGUUUAACCUGACAUUGCUCCUUCCUCGCGUCCGCUUGUGAUCGGGACCUAGGGUUAUAGGGGCUUGGAGGAAUGGGAGAGCAGAGAAACCGAUGGAGCUGGGAUUUACCGCUGUUUGAGCCGAGGAGUUCGUCGGAGCGGGAUGAUCAGCGGCAGCACACCGCGGUUCGGAAGUUAUCGCUUUCGCCGUCGUCACAGUCGCCGCGGGUUGGGUUCGGGAGGCAGUCCGUCAAUGAGAAGUUUAACAGGCUAAAAGACCAAGUGAAGCGUGCUAGGCAAGACUAUUUGGAGUUGAGACAUGAAGCCGGUGAUCUUAGAGACUAUUCAAAUGCCAAGCUUGAUCGAGUUACUCGUUAUCUUGGAGUUCUUGCUGAUAGGACUCGAAAGCUAGAUCAGGCUGCUUUGGAAGCUGAGGCAAGAAUUGCACCUUUGCUUGAUGAGAAGAGAAGGUUGUUCAAUGAAUUAUUGACAAACAAGGGGAACAUAAAGGUAUUUUGUCGUGUAAGACCCCCUUUCGAAGAUGAAGGUCCAUCUGUGGUCGAGUUUCCAGAUGAUUUUACCAUUCGCAUUGAUACCGGUGAUGACUCUUUUACCAAUUCAAAAAAGGACUACGAGUUUGAUAGAGUUUAUGGGCCCCAUAUUGGACAAGGUGAAUUCUUUGAUGAUGUUCGACCUUUCGUACAGUCAGCAAUUGAUGGAUAUAAUGUUUCCAUAUUUGCAUAUGGGCAAAGUAAUUCUGGAAAAACACACACAAUGGAAGGUACAAGUCAGGAACGUGGUUUAUAUCAAAGGAGUUUUGAGGAAUUAUUUGAUUUAUCAAAUAUGGAUAUGACUUCAACAUGCCAAUAUAAAUUUCAUGUCACUGCCUUUGACCUCUACAACGAGCAGGUUCGAGAUUUGCUGGUUAACAGUAAGAGCAGCAUUUCAACAAAAGUUCGGAUGGGCCUUCAAGAUUCUGUUGUGGAGCUUGUGCAGCAAAAUGUUAAUAAUCCUAUAGAGUUUUCACAAAUGUUAAAAGAAGCACUAAUGAAUCGAGGUGCAGACUCCUUGAAAGCCAAUGUAUCACACUUGGUUGUCACCAUCCAUAUAUUCUAUACUAAUUUGGUCACAAGGGAAAAUGUCUAUAGCAAACUUUCUCUUGUAGACUUGCCUGGUAGUGAAUGCUUUCUUGUUGAAGAUACCAGUGGAGAUCAGGUCACAGAGCUUCUACAUGUGUCAAAGUCACUUUCUGCAUUGGGGGAUGUUUUAUCAUCCUUGACAUCAAAGAAGGAAACCGUGCCAUAUGAGAACUCAAGGCUCACCAAAGUACUUGCUGAUUCUAUGGGUGGUAGCUCAAAGACGUUGUUAAUUGCUCAUGUUUGUCCUAAUUCUUCAAACCUAGCAAAAACACAGUGUGCCCUUAACUUUUCUGCGAGGGCAAGAAAUGCAGAGCUAAGCCUUGGAAACCGAGAUACAAUCAAGAAAUGGAAAGAUGCGGCAAAUGACUCACGCAAGGAGCUAUAUGAGAAAGAGAAGGAGGUCCAGCUUCUAAAACAGGAAGUUUUUGGACUAAAGUCCGCUCUUAAGGAUGCCAAUGAUCAGUGCAUUUUACUAUUUAAUGAAGUUCAGAAAGCCUGGAAGGUUUCAUUCACGCUGCAGGCUGAUGUUAAGUCUGAAAACACUAUACUUGCUGAGAAGGUCAAGCUCGAGAAAGAACAAAGCGGUCAACUGAGGAAUCAAGUUGCUAGUCUAUUACAGCUUGAUCAUGAGCAGAAAAUGCAGAUACACCAACAGAAUUUGACCAUACAGAAUCUGCAGGCCAAAAUUAAAAGCAUUGAGUCACAACUCAUGGAGGCUCUUAGUUCAAGUGAUUUGAGGUCAGAAUCCGGUUCUGCUGGUGCUUUUUCUUCUCCAAAAGGGGUUCAUGACAGUGUUACUUCAGCUAGUGUUACCAAAAAGCUUGAAGAAGAGCUCUCUAAGCGUGAUGCACUAAUUGAGAAAUUACAUCAGGAGAAUGAGAAGUUGUUCGACAGGCUAUCAGAGAAGUCAUCGUUUGGUGGAUCUCCACAGGUUUCAUUUGUCUCCAGGUCUUCCUCCGACACUCUUUUUCUUCUAAAUCUCCCUAAGAGUACCCGGUGUUGGUUUCUUGCUUGCCAAAAGGUGGUGGUCAUCCUGUAUGAGCCUCCUGAACUGCUACAUCCUGCUCCUUUUUCCAUUCCCUUCAUAAAGCUUCCCUCCAAUACAGUCUCUGGAAGCCGAUCCAAUCAACUAGCAAGGCGGUCUUUAAACUCCCUCCAGGUCCUUAUUGGUCGCCUCGUAUCCCUCCACUGGUACCAUGCUAAAGUUUUCCCUUCCAAGCACAUCCAGGCUGCCAUCAAUCUCUUCCCCUUAAACUCCCUCCAGGUCCUUAUUGGUCGCCUCGUAUCCCUCCACUGGUACCAUGCUAAAGUUUUCCCUUCCAAGCACAUCCAGGCUGCCAUCAAUCUCUUCCCCUCUAUCAACUUGUUGACGAUUGCUCCACUGCAGGUCUUGGCUGCAGUAAUCAAAGCUGGAGCUGCAAGGGAGCAUGAAAUAUUAGCUGAAAUCAGAGAUGCUGUUUUUGCUUUCAUUCGCAAAAUGGAACCAAGGAGAGUAAUGGAUACUAUGUUAGUUUCUCGGGUUAGAAUUUUGUAUAUACGAUCCUUACUUGCUAGAUCACCAGAGCUUCAAUCCAUAAAGGUAUCUCCAGUUGGACGUUUUCUGGAAAAAGCUAAUACUGGCCGAAGUAGAAACUCUAGCCGAAGUAAUAGUCCUGGCAGAUCUCCUGCCAAUUAUGAUUCAAGUGGGAGGAGUGCUUUAAUAGAGGAGCAUAUUCAAGGAUUUAAGGUUAAUAUACGGCAUGAGAAGAAGUCCAAACUCUCAUCAAUAGUGUUAAAACUUCGAGGCAUUGAUGAGGAAACUUGGAGGCAGCAUGUUACUGGUGGAAAGCUUCGUGAGAUAACUGAGGAAGCUAAAGCUUUUGCAGUAGGGAACAUGGCUCUUGCUGCUCUUUUUGUUCACACUCCUGCUGGUGAGCUACAACGUCAAAUCCGUUCCUGGCUUGCAGAGAAUUUUGAGUUUCUUUCAGUUACGGGUAGUGAUGCCCUAGGAGGAACAACAGGAGAGUUAGAGCUUCUAUCUACUGCCAUUAUGGAUGGAUGGAUGGCUGGUUUAGGUGCUGCACAACAUCAUCAUACUGAUGCUUUAGGGCUGCUUCUAUCAGAAUAUUCCAAGCGUGUCUAUACAUCUCAAUUGCAGCACCUGAAGGAUAUAGCAGGUACCUUGGCCAUGGAAGAGGCUGAUGACCAGGCUCAUGUGAAUAAGUUGCGCUCAGCUUUGGAAUCUGUUGAGCACAAAAGAAGAAAGAUUUUACAACAAAUGAGGAAUGACACAGCGUUAAUAUCAAAAGAAGAAGGUGGUUCGCCUAUCCGUAAUCCUUCUACUGCAGCUGAAGAUGCACGCCUUGCAUCUCUUAUAGCCCUAGAUGGAAUUCUAAAACAAGUCAAGGAGAUAAUGAAACAAGUCUCGGCCAGUUUAACCAAGAACAAGAAGGAGGCGCUUAUAGCAUCUUUGGAUGAUCUUUCAGAGCGCAUGCCAUCACUUCUUGACAUCGAUCACCCAUGUGCAAAGAAACAAAUUUCUGAUGCUCGAAGACAAAUAGAGUCCAUACCAGAAGACUUGCACCCCCGUGAUGAAUCAAGAUCACUUCAACCAUUUAUUGAUUCCAUCUCCACCGCAGAUACAGAAGUAACCCAAUGGAAUGUAUUGCAGUUCAAUACUGGUUCAACAUCACCAUUCAUCAUAAAAUGUGGAUCCAACUCCAAUUCCGAACUGGUCAUCAAAGCCAAUUCCCGAAUUCAAGAACCCAAAGAGGGUGAGAUCAUUAGAGUCCUACCAAGGCCUUCCAUUCUUUCUAAUAUGAGCUAUGAGGAGAUCAAACAAACUCUUGAUCAGCUUCCAGAGGCAGUGAGCUUGCUGGCCCUUGCGAGGACGGCCGACGGAACUCGAGCAAGAUACUCCAGAUUGUUCAGGACUUUAGCCAUGAAAGUACCUUCCCUGAGAGAUUUAGUAGCAGAGUUAGAGAAGGGUGGGUCGCUUAAGGACGUCAAGUCCUGAAAGAUUGAAAGGUUGGGUUUGAGAUUAUUGCAGUAUAUCAGCUUGUAGUAGUUAAAAACUGGACGCUGGAAAGUUGAAAUUAGUAUUUGGUCAGAUUGUUGUAAUAUUUAAGUUCAUUUUAUAAUGCACAAAAAAGUAAUUUUGUGCGUACAUAAAAUAUUCUAAAUUUAGGGUUUGUAAA